AUGCCUUCAGAUCGCAUCACCCCGCCAUCGGCCUUGCUGCUACUGCCACCUCCUCCAUCCGUCUCUUUCGACCAAUUCAGAACCGUAUACGAGCCGAUACUAUCUACAGUCUAUGCCAAUCUCCUCAAGGCGCUUAAUGGUUCAAAUCGCACCGCGUCUUUAGAAAUUGCUCUUUCGUUGCCCGGUCUGCAGUCGCCGUCAUGUCAACCGCCCACGAGAGCUUUCGCAAGUCUUCAGCGCAUAGUGGAACACAUGUACAGGCUUGUUGGGGUAAUAUGCAUAGAACGGAAAAUCGAAAUGGAGGCUCCCGGCGGCAUUGACUCCCGCGUGAUCUUGCUAGAUUUCGAUUCCGUUCGGGAGACAACAGCUACGGCCACGAACCCUGUUCCGGUCGAACGUAAUGGCCCAAUCGUCGACGUGAAGACACUGGCUAGCUCUGGGCGACUGUGGGAUAGUAUUUUCUAUCCGGAAAUUCCGGUAGGUCAGGACCUGGCGACAGCAUUUAGUAGUUUCUAUACCCCAACCAAAGAUCCAAAUGGUGGGGUUCCCCAGUCAGUCCCCGGAUCGCCUCAAUGGACCCCGGGGGAAUCUCUGGUGGUUCCUGGAGAACCGACUAAGUCUCUUUUACACCACUCGGUUAUCUUGGGAGGUACCUUUGAUCACUUCCAUAUUGGACACAAGCUCCUCCUCACGGCAACUGCACUGGUCUUGCAACCUGGGGGAACCGGGCCCUCCGGCCAGCGAAGAACCAUCACAAUCGGAGUGACUGGCGAUGAGAUGUUGAAGAACAAAAAGUACGCUCAAUUCCUAGAAAGUUGGGAUGAGCGGUGUCGAAGUACGGCCACCUUCUUGACCUCAAUCAUGGAUUUUGAACCCCCGGGAACAGAACCAGCAUGCAUUGAACAAAUCUAUAAGCCUGGGCCGAAUGGCAGGCAAAUGGUGAUGAAGAUCGGGCCUGGGAUAACCUUGAAAAUGGCGCAAAUCCUUGAUCCGUAUGGACCAACCAUUACGGAGGAGGAUUUAAGCGCCUUGGUUGUCUCUCAAGAGACACGCUCAGGCGGCGCGGCGGUCAAUCAGGAGCGAGCCAAACGGGGGUGGAAGCAGCUAGAGGUGUUUGAAGUUGACGUGAUUCAGUCGGGUGAAGUGCCGUCCGAAGAUGUCGAGGAUUUCGCAUCCAAAAUCAGCAGCACGGACAUCCGUCGUCGACGAAUGGAGCUUGCGAUGAUCUAA